AUAGAAAAAUUUAGUUUAUUUAUUAAGGAUUUUAAAUUCCCUGGAAAAUUUACUAGGCACUGAUGCCAGAUGCCACAAUAGGACAAAGAUACUAUCAGCGACAACUGGUGGCUAUUUUCAACACAUUGGACACUCUGCAACUUAUUCGAGUCACCCCCGUGCAUGAAGAUAACCAUGAUAACCAUGGAAACGUAGGAAACAUAAAUAUAACCUCAAAUUUAUGAUUGCCAUUUAUAAAAAUUUUAGUUGAGGCUUUUUUCAUGCUAAUUCCAAACAUCGACAUUAUUUAAUACAUUUUCUUAAAACUUUGUUUUUUUUAUAAGUUUAUUCAGUGCAUUGACAAUUUUACCGACAAUUGCAUGUCCGUGUCAAGGAAAAAUGAGUAUUCUAUACGCUACCCGUGAAGGAUGGAUUGUUUGCCAUCCUAAAUACAUUAAUGAAAUGUAUGCAAAAGUUAAUAAUAGAAACAAGAAUGACUUUUUCUUUUCGUUACAAUUUAAUAAAGACUUGUUUAAUAUAAAUUCGAAAUAUUUGCGACAAAAUCAGUUGAAAAGUAUGAGUUUUUCAAAAUUUAAGAGAAAAAAGAGGAAAAGAGCAAAUUUACUUAAUGACGAUUUCUUAAAAGAAGUAAAACAUGUAAAAGAAAUGUUUUCGAAUUUGAUGAAUUCUUCGGAUUCGAAGAAGAUAUUUUCAAAACCUGUUGAUUUAGAUAAUAAUGAAGCUGCACUCGCGAUGUCACGACAAUUAUAUCAAAGUAAUCAAAAAUUAUUUAAUGAAUCUUUUAUUGAAGGUUCUUACAAUGGUGAAGAAUCAAUAAUUUCUGUAAUUGAAAACGAAGAAUUUGUGUUACCAAAAAAUUGUGAAUAUUUUUGCUUCGAUGUUCGUCAGUUAAGUCAAAAACUACAAUUUAAAAAUCAGUUUGAUUUUAUUCUCAUGGAUCCUCCAUGGUGGAAUAAAUCUAUUCGAAGAAAGAAAACAAAAUUUAUAGAAUCUAGCUACAAAAUGAUGUAUAAUGAAGAGGUGGCUAAGUUACAAAUUGGAAAGUUAAUAAGCAAAAAAGGAAUUAUUGCAGUUUGGUGUACAAAUUCAGCCAGUAAUUUGCGUUGUAUUUUAGAUGAAAUGUUUCCUUCAUGGGGCGUAAAAUUCAUAGCGAAAUGGUAUUGGAUAAAAGUUACAAUGUCAGGCGAAACUGUUUGUGAUUUCAGUGAAACGCACGGUAAACAGCCUUAUGAAUUAUUAAUAAUCGGGGCAAGCGAAUCAAAUUCAGAAAUUCCCAUGGAAAAAUUGAUUGUCAGUGUUCCAAGUGCAAUGAAUUCUCACAAACCUCCUCUUGCAGAAAUCAUCGCUCCAUAUUUAAAGGAAAAUCCGAAGUGCCUAGAAAUUUUUGCAAGAUAUUUGCUGCCCAAUUGGACGAGUUUUGGUUAUGAGGCUUUAAAAUUUCAACACAUCUCCUUUUUUACACGUUCGUGAAGGAAUCAAAGAAGCAA